AUGAAGGAGACUGCUAAGUCCUACUUGGGCUACAAUAUCAGUGACACCAUCAUCACCAUCCCUGCCUACUGUGACAACUCUCAGAGACAGGCUACAAAAGAUGCUGAUACUAUCUCUAGAAUGAAUGUUCUUCGUGUUAGUGAUGCUGCCCAGAACCAGGCCGCUAUGAGCCCCUACAAAAUUGUUUCUGAUGCUGAGAUCCAGUCGGACAUCAAGCACUUCCCACAGUGUCAGAGCUGA